GCGCUCAUCGUGCGUACGUCCGUACGGAGACUACGCAGAUCUUCUCUUCUGAGUUCUGCGGAACUCCUUUUGAGAGGACGUAUUUUAGCCGGCAAGAUUUAAGAACCGUUUCAUUUCCGGUACUACCGGAAGCAAGUUGAGAUGGCGUCCUCCUCGCAGAGUGGGCUUGCUACAGAAGCAGCAAAAAGUGAAUUUCGCAACCAGAAGCCGAAGCCGGAGAACCAAGAUGAACCAGAACUCCUUACUGUUCCUGAUGGUUGGAAGGAACCUUCUUUUUCUAAAGAGGACAAUCCCAGAGGACUCUUGGAGGAGAGCAGUUUUGCAACUUUGUUUCCAAAAUACAGAGAGGCUUACUUGAAAGAGUGUUGGCCUUUGGUGCAGAAAGCCUUAAAUGAACAUCAUGUUAAUGCAACCCUGGACCUGAUUGAGGGCAGCAUGACUGUGUGUACUACAAAGAAGACUUUUGAUCCAUAUAUCGUCAUUAGGGCCAGAGACCUAAUAAAACUGUUAGCAAGGAGUGUUUCAUUUGAACAGGCAGUACGAAUUCUCCAGGAUGAUGUUGCAUGUGACAUCAUUAAAAUAGGUUCUUUAGUAAGAAACAAAGAGAGAUUUGUAAAAAGAAGACAACGGCUUAUUGGUCCCAAAGGAUCUACAUUGAAGGCAUUGGAACUCUUAACAAACUGUUACAUUAUGGUUCAGGGAAAUACAGUUUCAGCCAUUGGACCUUUUAGUGGCUUAAAGGAGGUUCGAAAAGUAGUCCUAGAUACUAUGAAGAAUAUUCAUCCAAUUUAUAACAUUAAAACCUUAAUGAUUAAACGAGAGUUGGCAAAAGAUUCUGAAUUACGAUCACAGAGUUGGGAGAGAUUUUUGCCACAGUUCAAACAUAAAAAUGUGAACAAACGUAAAGAACCAAAGAAGAAAACUGUUAAGAAGCAGUACACACCAUUCCCACCACCACAGCCAGAAAGUCAGAUUGAUAAAGAAUUGGCUAGUGGUGAAUACUUUUUGAAGGCAAAUCAGAAGAAGCGACAGAAAAUGGAAGCCAUAAAGGCUAAACAAGCAGAAGCUCUUAGUAAGAGACAAGAGGAAAGAAACAAAGCAUUUAUUCCACCUAAAGAAAAACCAGUUGUGAAACCUAAGGAAGCUCCUACUGAAACUAAAAUUGAUGUGGCUGCCAUCAAGGAAAAGGUUAAGAAAGCAAAGAUUAAGAAACUGGGAGCCCUUACAGCUGAAGAAGUUAAGCUUAAGAUGGAAGCAGAUGAAAAGAAGAAGAAAAAGUAACAUUUAAAAAAAACAACAAAAAAACCUGAACUAGAAUUUACGAAGCUGUCUCCUUUUGUAAAGGAUUUUGAAAUACCAGGGCAUUAGUUGCCUUAUCCGUGAGAACUAAUACUCUGAUCACUCUUUUCUGAGUUUCUUUUGUCCACACAGCAGUAUUCCUUAUAAAUAUAUUCUUCAUGUGUUUUGAAAAAAUUUGUGCUAAAAAUUGGUAUAUAUGUAUUUGUAUACAUUGUGUCUAAUUAAUUGUUUUGCCUAAGCCUGAUUUUAGCAG